AUGGGCGCCAGUCUUUAUACUGAGCUCAGCUCCAGGACUGAUCGGCAUACAAGCGGGCCGCUCCGUGGUUGGCUGGUCCUGACCAGACAGAAAAAUUUGGUAACCAGAUCCAAGUCAGCAGUUACAACGCGGAGUAUGCCUGCAUCGAGAUCAAGCCAGCCAGGUUCGUCGCAGCCGCAGCAAGACAAAUACAGCGACGCGGCCUUACAACUUGACGCAGCCCUGAGGGAAUGGGUGGCCAGACUCCUCGAAGCCGCCCUGCAGAUCUGCGUACGGACCUUUGAGAGGCUUGCCAGCAGGAUAAGCGGGUGGGCGCGCCCUGUUGAUGCCGGUGUUGGUACUGGUGUUGGUGCUGGUGUUAUCACUGGCGAGGGUAGAGGUGGUACCAGUGCGGGCGUCGGUGUAUGUACGCGAGUUUUAGACGGGGAGUCGCCGCCAGGGAUUUGCUUCGAUAAUCUUUUCCAAGAAAUUGACUUUGAGAUUGAUAGUUUCUUAUUUGGACUGAGGAAUUUGCGGAGGGCGUUCUCUGGCAGGCUUAUAACAUUCACUGAGCUCCUUGUCAUCUGUGGUACCUUAGCCUGA